ACAAGAUGCUGAUGUAAUGAUAUCAUGUGGGGUUGACCUGAGGACAAAGCAUAUAUAGCUUGUGUUGCAGGAAACACCAGCAGCACACCACUUCUGCUGUCUGUGCAAACAAACAUGUCCUCUAACUUGCUGACUUGACUGCUCAACUUUGAUGAAUAAUUUGUCGUUCUGAACUCAACAGGUGAUUGUGGUGAUCAUUUUGAGCUUCUUUGACAUGAUUAACUUUUCUUUGUAUGUGUUGCAGUUUACUGGUACAACAAGCCAGAAGAGUCUUUUAUUCUUCACAUAUCGUUCUGUAAUGUUGUCUGUGUUGCAGCCAAAGGCUAAUAUUACCACUUAUUUGCAGUAUCAAGUAUCACAUGAGCUAAUGUUUUUUAGCAUGUUAUCUGUGGGAUCAAGCUGCUCUUUCUUCUACAUUAACAGUGUUUUGCUGUUCACCCUGAGGUCAAAGCAGGUGUUCUGUGAGACAUCCCGUUACAUCCUGCUGUUCAACCUGCUCCUUGCAGACACUGCUACACUGGUGUCGAACCUUCUGCUCUACAUUCUGGCUUUUUUAGGGCUAAGAAUUUCAUAUUAUGCAUGUGGUCCCCUCAUUCUGCUCUCAGUUUUCAUGAUCACCAUCUCCCCUCUCACCUUGGCUGUGAUGUCAGUUGAGAGAUUUGUGGCUGUGUGCUAUCCUCUGAGGCAUGCUGCCAUCUUUACCAUGAGAAGCCUGAGCAUCAUCAUUGCUCUGGUGUGGGCCUUCAGUUUUAUUCACAUCCUCAUUCGAGUUUUUAUGCUGUUAUAUGUGUUCACAACAACCUCCCUUGAUCUGCAAAUGAAUGACUUUUGCAGUAUGGAAGCAAUGUUUUUCACACCAAUCUUUAAUUAUUUUGAAGAAGCAUAUUCCAGCAUUCUCUUCCUGUCAGUUGGUGCUGUAAUCUUUGCCUCCUACAUUGGUGUAGUUCUGGUAGCCAGGUCUGCUUCAACAGACAAAGCCUCAGCUAGAAAGGCUCUUCAAACACUUCUGCUUCACCUGAUUCAGCUGAGCCUGAUUCUUACAUCCACCUUGAGCUCCACCAUUUUAACAUCCAUUGCUAGAAGAGUAGGUAGAUUAACCCUCAGGCGGAUUUACAAUGUAUGCUUUGUGUGCCUGACUAUCCUUCCAAGAUGUCUGAGUGCUCUCAUCUAUGGGCUCAGGGAUCAAACCAUCAGGCCUGCCCUCAGGCAAAAUCUGUGCUGUCGAUGGAGAUGCUCACUUUUCUGAAACAAGAGCCACUAACAAUUUCAAGUGAAUGCUUUUCCAAUACACACUCUGCUUUUCAGCAUGUUACACCAUGUUGCUAAAUAUUUAAGAAGGACAAUAAUAAUAAUAAAACAAUAAUAUGUGGUUAUUCACCAUUUACAAAAGUGAUGAUUGUAUGGAAAGGUUUUGUGUUAUUGGCUUUAUUACAUGUCUCUAAAUUAUUGUUCUUCUUGAAUAACGUAAUGGUGGUUUAUUUUUCUGUUUGUCAGUGAAUGUCCUCAAACAGUUAUGAUCAUGACAAUCAGACAGUGAAACAAAAGUGUAUAGAUGAAAAACACAAGUGUUAAAUCGUGAAAGAAGUACAUAGUAACGAAGUAACUUCAAAUAUUCUCUGAUUUCAAAUCCAGAGAGAUGUUAGUCGGAGAUACUAAAAAUGAACAGUCAAACUGACAAGAGAUAGUGUUCAACAACAGUAGCACACAUGUAUGUUCUAAAAGGUUAAUAGGUUUAAAUCAAGAUUAAAAUCUGUUGAUCUGUGAAGGAGAUUUCAUCUUUAAUUGGUGACAACAGUUAUUUUCUGCUACAGCCGUUUGUUGUCACAAGAAAUAUAGGUAAGUCUUUGUUUAUGCUCGAUCUGCCAGGUUCUUUUAGUCUAAUGAAAUGUGUGUCCUCAAAAGAGGCCUGCAAGUCUUACAGCUUCAUUUACUCAGUGUUGUAUGACUCUGUGGUGGCAUCAGCCAUUUUCUAUAGAGUAGGCUGCUGCAGCAGCACAUCUCAGCAGCAGGUAGGAAGAGAUCUGAUGAACGUAUCAAGAA